CUUUGUAUAUUUAUUUUACAGAUUAAAGGAUUCACCUGAAGACACAGCAUUCUAUUCAUCAGAGACUGGACAAGAGUUACUCUUGCUUUUGGCAAUUAAAGAUGAUGUUGUCAUGGAAACAGUUGAUCCUGCUUUCAUUCAUUGGCUGCCUAGGAGGUGAGCUGCUCUUACAAGGCCCAGUGUUUAUCAAAGAACCCAGCAACAGCAUUUUUCCGGUUGGUUCAGAGGAUAAAAAAAUAACUUUAAAUUGUGAAGCACGAGGCAACCCUUCACCUCAUUACAGAUGGCAGCUGAAUGGAAGCGACAUUAAUCUGAGUAUGGAGUAUCGUUAUAAGUUGAACGGAGGAAAUCUUGUGGUUAUUAACCCCAACAGAAAUUGGGAUACAGGAAGUUAUCAAUGUUUUGCAACAAAUUCAGUUGGAACAAUUGUCAGCAGAGAAGCUAAACUCCAGUUUGCCUAUCUGGAAAAUUUUAAAACCAAAAUGAGAAGUACAGUGUCAGUGCGUGAAGGACAGGGAGUUGUCCUGCUCUGUGGCCUCCCGCCACACUCUGGAGGACUAUCAUAUGCUUGGAUCUUCAAUGAAUAUCCAUCCUUUGUCGAAGAAGAUAGUCGGAGAUUUGUCUCUCAAGAGACAGGCCACCUCUACAUAGCCAAGGUGGAACCACUGGAUGUGGGAAAUUACACGUGUGUGGUGACUAGUAUGGUGACAAACGCCAGAGUGCUGGGUUCUCCAACUCCUUUGGUGCUACGUUCCGAUGGAGUGAUGGGUGAAUAUGAACCGAAAAUAGAAGUUCAGUUUCCAGAAACUCUUCCAGCAGCUAAGGGUUCAACUGUGAAGUUGGAAUGUUUUGCCCUUGGAAAUCCUGUACCUCAGAUUAAUUGGAGAAGAAGUGACGGACUGCCUUUUUCCACUAAAAUUAAAUUGAGGAAGUCCAAUGGUGUGCUUGAAAUCCCCAACUUCCAACAGGAAGAUGCAGGUUCCUAUGAAUGCAUUGCUGAGAAUUCACGAGGAAGAAAUGUCGCCAGGGGGCGUCUCACUUACUAUGCAAAGCCUCAUUGGGUUCAACUCAUAAAAGAUGUGGAAAUAGCUGUGGAGGACAGUCUUUACUGGGAAUGUCGAGCGAGUGGUAAGCCCAAACCCUCCUACCGAUGGUUGAAAAAUGGAGAAGCCCUUGUGCUCGAGGGGAGAACACAGAUAGAAAAUGGUGCCCUUACAAUAUCCAACCUAAAUGUGACCGAUUCUGGCAUGUUCCAGUGCAUAGCAGAGAACAAACAUGGUCUCGUCUAUUCCAGUGCUGAGCUCAAGGUUGUGGCUUCUGCUCCAGAUUUUUCAAAGACUCCGAUGAAAAAGUUGAUUCAGGUGCAGGUGGGCAGCGAGGUCAGCUUGGACUGUAAACCCAGAGCUUCCCCCAGGGCGCUCUCUUCCUGGAAGAAAGGAGAUGUGCCUGUACAGGAGACUGAAAGAAUUUCUUUUUUAAAAGAUGGAGGACUCAAAAUUGCCAAUGUGACUAAAGCUGAUGCUGGAAUUUAUACGUGCACAGCAGAAAACCAGUUUGGGAAAGCAAAUGGCACAACACGCUUGGUCGUUACAGAACCAACAAGAAUAACUUUGGCACCAUCCAACAUGGAUGUCUCAGUGGGCGAAAGUGUCAUUUUGCCCUGCCAGGUGCAACACGACCCCCUAUUAGACAUCAUGUUUACCUGGUAUUUCAAUGGGGCCCUCACAGAUUUUAAGAAAGAUGGAUCUCACUUUGAGAAAGUCGGUGGGAGUUCGUCAGGCGAUUUAAUGAUCAGAAACAUUCAGUUGAAACACAGUGGGAAAUAUGUUUGUAUGGUGCAGACAGGGGUGGACAGUGUUUCAUCUGCCGCUGACCUCAUAGUAAGAGGUUCACCUGGACCACCAGAAGACGUAAAGGUAGAUGAAAUUACAGAUACAACAGCCCAACUCUCUUGGAAAGAAGGCACAGACAACCACAGCCCAGUUAUAUCCUAUUCUGUCCAGGCACGGACCCCUUUCUCCGUGGGUUGGCAGACGGCCACAACAGUGCCUGAGGUCAUUGAUGGGAAAACACACACAGCUACGGUAGUCGAGUUAAAUCCAUGGGUGGAAUACGAAUUUCGGGUUGUAGCCAAUAACAAAAUCGGAGGUGGAGAACCCAGUUUACCCUCAGAAAAAGUAAGAACUGAGGAGGCAGUGCCGGAAGUGCCUCCUUCAGAUGCCAGUGGAGGAGGUGGGAGCCGGUCUGAACUGGUGAUCACCUGGGAUCCAGUCCCUGAAGAACUACAGAAUGGUGAAGGUUUUGGAUAUGUUGUUGCUUUCCGCCCUGUCGGAGUAAGCAACUGGAUCCAGACAGUGGUCACAUCUCCUGAUACCCCAAGAUAUGUCUUUAGAAAUGAAAGCAUCCUGCCAUUUUCACUGUAUGAAGUUAAAGUGGGUGUUUAUAAUAACAAAGGUGAAGGACCAUUUAGCCCAGUGACAACAGUGUUCUCUGCAGAAGAAGAGCCUACAGUAGCUCCAUCUCAAGUUUGUGCAAAUAGCUUGUCUUCCUCAGAAAUUGAAGUUUCUUGGAACGCUGUUCCUUGGAAGUUGAGCAAUGGACACUUACUCGGCUAUGAGACCUGUAAACACUGGGUCCAUCUUCCCCCCAUCGACCAGAGCUGCGUAGAGGCUCCAUUACGAAGAUGGAAUGUGCCUGUCUCCUUUGCCGCAGUUCCCACACGUCUCUACUGCCUUCAUGACUCUGAUGGCUGAGCAUCGAUUGCCGUUUUCAUUGUGCUCAAGCAGCCGUUUACUUACAGAAAUUAUAGAAAUGGUUUCCUGUUUUCAUAUUUUGCUAUCGAAGUAGAUAAAUGAAAGUCAAACCAAAAGGGCAAAGACUGCAAGAAAAACAGGAAAGUGCCUAUUUCUUUCUUUGUUAUUUUUAAUAAAUUUAUUCAUUUAAUUUAUUUACUUUUGGCUGUGUUGGGUCUUCGUUGCUGUGCGCAGGCUUUCUCUACCUGCGGUAAGCAGGCUUCUCAUUGCAGUGGCUUCUCUUGCUGUGGAGCACGGGCUCUAGGCUCCCAGGCUUCAGUAGUUGUGGCACGCGGGCUCAGUAGUUGUGGCACACGGGCUUAGUUGCUCUGCGGCAUGUGGGAUCUUCCUGGACCAGGGCUCGAACCUGCGUCCCCUGCGUUGGCAGGCGGAUUCUUAACCACUGCGCCAUCAGGGGAGCCCCAAGUGCCUGUUUCUUUAGGAAAGUAAAAAAUAUGUACUCAGUCUGCUUUAUGUAUUUGUGUUACAUGUCCAACCCCUGCUUUAUUUUAGAUGGUCAGAUGGUGAUAUCUGGUCUCAGCACAAGGAAUAGUUGCACUUUUCAUGAGCCAUUUGUUUGGUGGUUUUGUUGCUGUUUUUAUUUUAUGAAGGAUCCAAACUGUCUAGCAAAGCAUAGUAGGGCUUUAUAGCAUAAAUCGGAGUUCACUGGGGAACAUGUCUUAUUAUUGUAUUUUUCUACUUUUAUUUCUUUAUUUUGUCAAAUAUUCUCAAAACAUUUUUAUAUUUUUAUACUGUAAAUGUAUAUAUCUUCAUAAGCAGUCUCAGAUCAUUUUGUACAAUUCACAACAAUGAAAUACAAGUAAAACAUUUCAAUAUAUCCAUAUAUUAACCUAUGUUACCUGCCUUCCUGUUCUCUGCAGCAGCUCUGCCUACUCGGGGGUCUUGGUGACACUUGGCCAUCACUGUAGGACGAGCCAGUGGCCAGCUGGCUUUUCAGUGGUCUUUGCUCUGACAGGUCCCUUUCUUCACAGAAAGCAUCUUCACCAUCCGUCAGAGUUUAAGCAUAGCUGUCAGCCUUCCAGCGUUGAGCCUGAGCCAGGUUGAAGGAGAAGCAGCUCACGCUCUUAGAAAUGCAGAUUUUUUCCCUUCAUUUUCCCAUUUAUAAGGCUAUGGGCUAGUAGCAUGUAGCACUUACUGUCUUUGAAUUUAUCUGGUUUAUUUGUGUACUUAUUACCUGUCUCCCCCAGGAGUCCCUUUUCUUUCAUGUCUGUGGCACAGAGCCUAAUGCAGCACCUAGCACAUAGUAGGUCCUUAAAAACUACUUGUGGAACAAAUGGUAAAGUAAAUAAAUUACAGUGCCCAUUUUAAUAAAAAUCACUUAAUUUAAAGGAUGCUGUUUUGUCAGUCCUUCUCAUCUUUUAUGUUUUCUGUCCACCAGGUGCGGUAUUGGAAUAAUGGAGAAGAGGGAUCAUCGAGCAAACUGAAAGUGGCAGGAAAUGUGACAUCGGCCAGACUCCAUGGCUUGAAGAGCAACUUGGAAUAUUACACGGCUGUCCGGGCUUUCAACAGCGCUGGUACCGG